CAUAAUACCCUACUUCAUAUUUCUUCUGUGUUGUGGAAAUUUGGGAGGGUACCUUACAUCGUUUUUAUGCACGAUCGGCGGCUAUAAAUGGUACCUUUUUAGGUCCCCAUGUCUAGGACAAAAGUAAGGGCGGCAUCUGAGGUGUGCGCCGACUGUACGGCCCCAGAUCCAACAUGGGCCUCCAUAAACCGCGGUGUUCUGAUCUGUGAUGAAUGUUGUAGUGUACAUAGAAGUCUGGGGCGCCACAUCUCUCAAGUCAAGUCACUUACAAAGGGGCAAUGGAGUCCCACACAGUUACUUAUGGUGCAGCAUUUAGCAAACCAUGGGGCCAACAGUAUCUGGGAACAUUCACUGCUAGACCCUUCACAGAGUAAACAUGGCAAAAAGAAGCCAGGUCCCAGAGACCAAGUUCAUCCUGUGAAGACAGAAUUUAUAAGGUCCAAAUACCAGUUCUUACAGUUUGUAAACAAACAGAAGGACGGAGAACUCAAUUCAAUAGAUGAUUUGAGCAAGCAAUUACACUCCAGUGUGAGAACAAAUAAUCUAGAAACAUGUUUACGUCUUCUGUCAAAAGGAGCAGAUCCAAAUUAUUUUCAUCCAGAGAAAGGAAAUUGUCCGCUACAUGUGGCAGCCCAGAGUGGUCAGCCAUUACAGGUGGAGCUACUUGUUGUGUAUGGAGCUGAUCCAGGGGCAUACGACUCCAAUGGAAAAACUCCCAUUGAUCAUGCCAAAGCUGAGGGUCAGAUGGAUUUAGCAGACAGACUUGUUGAAUGUCAAUAUGAAUUGACUGACAGACUGGCAUAUUAUCUCUGUCAGCGAAAACCUGACCACAGAACAGGAAUUCAUUUUAAGAUACCUGAAAUGGCAGACAGUAGUUUAGAUAUGUCAGAAUUAGCAAAACAAGCCAAGAAAAAGUUACAAGCACUUCCAAAUCACUUAUUUGAAGAAUUAGCAAUGGAUGUUUAUGAUGAAGUUGACAGAAGAGAAAAUGAUGAACAUUGGCUACAGACGCACGACAACAAAGCUCUAGUCAGUGACCGACAGGGGGUGCCUUUUCUCCCUCUUAACCCAGAUUUUUCGGCCACACGCAAUCAGGGACGUCAGAAACUUGCCAGAUUCAAUGCAAGAGAAUUUGCCACACUGAUAAUAGACAUUUUAAAUGAUGCAAAAAGAAGACAGACAGGAGUUGUGUCCCCUGUCCAGACUUUAAAGGAACCGGACAAACUGCCUGGUGGUCAAGUGGUCCAAAGAAAGAACAACUUUAACAGCAUUGUCAGUGAUGAGGAACCAAUUUAUGACCAGGUGGCAUCAGAUGAAGACUACAGCAGUAUUGAUAAUCUCAGCAUUAAGAGUGCGGGCAUGAAGGACAGCUCUCUCGCCCACCCCCCAGCCAUUCCAAGGAAAAGCACCCGUCGGCUGAAUUCUGUGGGCAAUCUCCGGUCCGAAGGGGACCUUAUACAGGAUAACGUUAGACAUUUAACGCCAUGUCCCCCCACUGUCCCAGAGGCCAUGGUGGAGGGACCUGUCUCCACGGAAGAAUUCCUCCAAAUGAAGAAAAAAAUGUCCACCAUGGAGUUCAGGAUGCAGCAGAUUCUCAAAACCAAUCAAGAUCUCCAGAAGGAAAGGGACGAUCUCACUCAGCUGGUUCAGACACUUACAAAAGAGAUAUCUAUACUGAGGAAUCAAGCCCAGCAUCAGGCGAGUCCACCAGCCACCUUACCGAAUGGUUACAGCCAGGAUCGGGGAGAGGAGGGUGCUCGGACGAGUAUUCCGAGGGCGGGGACGCGCCCACAAUCAAUGUUUGAGCCGCGGGAAAGGGAGCAGCGAUUAUCUAAUAAAACUCCAUCCAAAGAAUUACUGCCCACAGCCUAUUCUGUAUCCAAUAUCAACAAACCAGAUGAAUCUGAGUCUAACCGUGUGCAAUCUUCAAGUUCUGGGUCUGUAGCAGAGGAAAUUCAGAUGGCCUACCCCCCAGAUCUCUCCCACUAUGACUGUCCCAGCUCACUGCCAGUAGCCAUGGAUGAGGACCUCCCCUCUCAAGAGGAAGUCAUGAGAAAGACCGAAAAAAUCACCAAAAAUAUUCAAGAACUGUACAAAUCUGGCCAGGAUGGCAAACAUGAUAGCUUUGGGCAAUGUGCUGACAAAAUCUAUGAGGCAGUGAAAGAAAUGGCAGCAUUGUUUCCAAAGAACCCAAGAAUCAGCACAGUUCGACACGCGCUACAUUUACUAACAUCGAGUGCUGCUCGCCUACAAGAAGAAUGUCAGGACGGAAUCAUGGGUGACCUUGACCCUGACCUCGAUCUUCCAUUUAAAACUCAGCAAGUGAUGCAGUGUGCUUUUGACAUUGCCAGAGCUGCUAAAGAACUUGUUACUCUGUUUCAGUGAUGAUUUUCAAAUGACUUCUUCAGUUACAGAUCUGAUCUGAGUAAGUUGUACAAGGAAGACUCUUGGGGGCUCCAGGGAGGGAGUCUGAGAUAGAAAUUGGUGCCAAAUAUAACGCUUUGUUUAGAAUGUUGAUUCAAGAUGUUUGACUUACCCCCCUUUAUGUUUGUCAUUUCAUUUGAAAUUAUGGCAUUUCUCUGUUCAGUUGUUUUACUUGAUAAAAUUGUUUUUAAAUGUAAGAUAGGUUUCAUUUUGCUUGUGUGAUUAAGAAAAAAACAUCAAGUUUUAUUUAUAGUGUCAUUAAGUUAUUAAAACAAAAGUAGCUUUAGUAGAAUUUACUCUGCCAUUCUCCAGAAAUAAAAAUGAAAAUGUUUUUCAGUGAAUUUUACAUUCUGGGUAUUUUUUGGAACAAAUUUUAAGUUUGGUAAUGUCUCAAUAUACAUGUACAUCAAAAUUCCAAAAUACAGAAGUAUUUUAUAUUUGUGUAUGUAUUUGUGUAGGGAUUGGUAAAGUAAUAUUAUUUCAGCUGCUUACUCUGAAGAAAUGGGAGACAGAUACAUGUACAUGUAAUAUGAUGCAAUAUUUAAAAAAAAAAAACAGUUUUGCAAUAAGUGUUUACCUGUGCCUUGGUUUGUUUCUGCCAAAUAGUUUAUGGAAAGACAGAAAAUAUCAGUAUUAUGUACAUUAUCAUCAAUCUCUGUUACCGAAAUAAGAACAUUUGUCUGCUAGUUGUUGGCAUUACAUUUACAAAUAAGAGCACCUGUUUACUUUAUAUUUUCUGUGGAAAUCAAAAUUCCCAUCUGUCUCUUCCUGUACUUAGAAGUCUGUAUUACAAACUUGGUUUUUCCUCUGUAAAACAAAGAAGUGUUUUAAAGCACAAUGCAUGUGAUUGGUUAUCAUUAUUUUGUAUAUACAGAAUUGUACAUUUAAUUAGAAGGGAAAAAGAUACAAUUAAAAUUUUCAUGUGUAAAUUACGCAGCAUUAAAAUAUACAAUGUAAAUGUAAUAUCUAGACUUGAGCAAAAUUACUGCAUGAUAUUAAAAUAUAUAGGAGUUGAAAAUGUAUACUGUGAUAUAUCUAGUGUAGAAUAUCUAUGAGAAUAUGUCAUUAUUUUUUAAAAUUUAUUGAGCUAAUUGUAUAGUUAAAGUGAAGAACAGUUAAUAAACUGUAGACUGUAUACAGGGAAAUUUUUGCCCCCAUUAUAAUUUCGCCUCUUUCACCCUUACCUCGGUUGAGUGAAUUUAAAAGGGGGGAAUUCAAAGAAUACAGUAUAAUUUCUUAAACAAAACUGUGACUAGGCAAAUUUAAAACAGGUCAAAAGUUUGCAAGGGUGAAAGAGAAAAAAUAAAGGGGGGCAAAAAUAACCCUGCAUACACUAACAAUCAAGGUGGCCCUCCAAGAUGGUAGGAAUUUGAAAAGUAAUACACAUGUACUGAAUUUCAUUUUGAAUUAAGUAGUUUAUUUGUACCAAUUGGAAUUGAAAAUUCAUUUUACAUUAUGUUCUGUAGUUCAUCAAACAAGCUUGAACUACCACAAAUGUUGUGUAUGUAAUUAUUUGUAUUAUUACAUGUGCGUACACUUUGCAAUUUUUUUUUUACCUGUGUAAUGGAGCUCAUCAUGCAUGAAGCUCAGAAUUGAAUCUAGUCAUAUUGGUUCAUUUUUGUAAUCAGUCUAUAUUUAUUUAGUCACCAGAAUCUGGAGAACAGAGUGUACAGAUAAGGAACAUAUCACAUCCUUGCAUUAUGUUUGUUAAUUAUUGAUGUCAUCGCCAGUAAUUGUCUGUAUUCAAGUUUACAGUGAUUGUUAACAUAAUCAUUGGGCCAAAUUCUUUUUUUUUUAAAUUGGAAAGGGGGGUAUUUUUCAGUAUACAAAAGGAAUUAUGGUUUUUCUCCAGAGGCUUGUUAUUAUUAUUAUUAUUAUUUUUUACUGUGAAUUUGAAGCUUUUAUAAAUUAAGUUCUUAUAACUUUACACUUUUUUUCCCAAGUCCAUUAUGCAAAUAAUUAUUUUUUUAUUUUUUUUGAUAAAGGAGUUUGUAGGAUUUUUGAACAUUUUUUAAUCAUGUAUUUAAUAUGCUUGGAAAAAAAAACCAGUUUGUUGCUGAUUUCAGCAAAGAACUUGUAUAAGCUAGAAAAAUUUAGACAGCAUUUAUUUUAACCAUCAUAUUGAUGUUUUUGUAUGUGUACAAUCAGUUGUGUUUUGUAAGAAAAUAAAAAAAUGGAUUUGAAUAAUACUCAAGGAGAUUUUCUAGUGUCCCAUUUUAUGUAGUGUAUUAGAUUAGGUUAUGUAAAUUUGUAGCAUAAUAUGAGGACUGUCCAUACGAUAAUAACCGUAGCUUUCAUGGUUCAUUUCUUCAUUAUGUUGUAAUGCAUGUCGUCAUGAAAUGUAGACAUAUUCUAUUUUGUAUUAUUGAUAGUAAUUAUCAAUAAUUAUGGAUAUCAAUAAAGAAAAUUAAACCCGA